AUGAGUCUUCGCGACCUGGUCGAUGGCGAAGCCGCGCUGGAUGAUGAGGAAAAUGACGAUGAGGUCUCUGGGGAUUAUGACGAAGAGACUCGGGAAGGGCCCAGCACUGAACGUCACUACAAUGACUCCAGUGAGGAGGAUGAGGAUGAGGACGACGAUGAAGACGCUGCGCGCGCCGUGCGCGAGGGGUUCAUUGUCGAUGAAGAUGAGGAGAUCGAGGAGCGCACCCGGCGCAGGUCAGAAAAGAAACGACCUCGUGCCCGUGAGGAGGAACACCUGGACGAAGAAGAUCUGGAACUGAUUGGCGAGGUGGUUCCUGGUCUCACAAGAGGCGCAUCAUCUGAUGGUGCACAGCAACAAUCCAAAUUCAAGCGUCUCAAGCGAGGUCGUGAUCGCGAAACUCAUCGUGGCCCAUCCCAGGGAAUUGACGACAUGUUCAAUUCUGACGAGGAAGAGGAGGCGGCCCCGCAAUACAGCCGACCCAGUCACCGUGGGGGUCGCCGACAUGACGAGAUGGACGAUUUCAUCGAGGAGGACACCUUCUCCGACGAAGAGGCACAGCGCGAGCGUGAUGAUCUCGAAGUGGCAGCUCCCGCGCGGGCAACCGUGCCCGGUCUCGGAGCGACGGAUGUCGCCGGUCUGGAUGAGAAUGCGGUUGAGGAUCUGCGCGCUGCCUUUGGUGACGGUGAGGACUAUCGAUUCGCUUUGGAUAUCGAAGAGCAGGAGGACGAAGAGAAGCAAAACGAGGACCGUCAUCUGGAUCUCAAGGACAUCUUCGAGCCGUCUCAGUUGGCCGAGAGGGGUUUGACGGAGGAGGAUAAUCAGAUUCGUCUUCGGGACGAGCCUGAACGGCACCAGAUAGCCCGCGCUCCAUACCGCCAUGUGGUUCUAACGGAAGAUCAAUUCCGUGAGGAGGCAGUCUGGAUCUCACAACUAAUGCUGCUCAAGAAGCGUAUCGAACCGGAACUACGGGAACCCUUCCAGCGAGCUGUGGCAAAAAUGCUCGAGUUUUUAAUUACCGACGACUAUGAGGUUCCAUUUAUUUUCCAGCAUCGCAAGGACUAUAUGAUCCAUGCGGUCAAGGAGCCACUGAAUGGAGCGGACCCUGAUGACGAGUCUGCGCAAUACAGCAUUCGUGCCGAGAAACUCCUGAACAUGACCGAUUUAUGGGAGAUCUUUGACUUGGAUCUGAAAUUCCGUGCGCUGGUGGACAAACGUAACACUAUCCAAAAGUCCUACGAUAACCUCCAGAGCCUCUUUGAUAUCACCGAUGCGGUCGUGGAAGAGCUGCUGGUUGCGGCGUCGUCCAUGGAAGAGCUCCAAGACGUCCAGGACUACAUUCAUUUCCAAUAUGCCUCACAACUCCGCGACCUCGCCACAGUCAAUGGGGAGGCCAAUGGCGAGACGCAGCGACGGAAAGCCAGUAACAAGACUUUCUUCGAGCGGGUGCGCAAUGGAAAGGCCUACGGUCUUGUCCGCGCAUUUGGUCUGACUGCCGACGCGUUUGCUCAGAACGCUUCCAAGGAGGGCCGAAGACAGUACACCGAAGAUCCCAGUGAGCGGCCCGAGGAGCUCGCUGACCAACAUGUGGACACCGACUUCUCCAACGCCGACCAGGUACUGAAGGCGGCCAAGUCCAUGUUCGCCGAGGAGGUGGUUGUGAGCCCAAAGAUGCGCAAGGUCAUUCGUCAGGCAUACUACAUGAAUGGUGUGGUCGAUUGCUUCCGUACAGAAAAGGGUCUUCGCCGAAUCGACGAACAACAUCCGUACUACGAAUUCAAGUACUUGCGCAACCAACAACUCAGCGAUAUCGCCCGUCGCCCGGAGAUGUUCUUGCGCAUGCUCAAGGCCGAGGAGGAAAACUUGGUCGAGGUCAAAGUGCGUUUCGAGAACUUUGACCAGUUCAAGCGCCGGAUGUACGCCGACAUUGAGUCCGACAACUAUUCAGAGAUCGCCGAUGCUUGGAACCGUCUUCGCCGUGACGUGGUGGAUCUGGCGCUUGGAAAGUUGGAACGACUGAUCAACCGCAGCGUCAAGGAGAAUAUCCGACAGGAGUGCGAGAACCACGUUGCCAAAGAGUGUCGCGAGGCGUUUUCACAGCGACUCGACCAAGCUCCUUACAAGCCCAAGGGAAUGGUGCUGGGCACCGUCCCAAGAGUUCUCACGUUUUCUGUCGGCACCGGCGUCAUUGGCCGGGACCCCAUCCACUGGGCCUACAUUGAAGAGGACGGCCGUGUGUUGGAAAAUGGCAAGUACUUGGAUAUCACAGUGGGAGAUCCGGUUCGUGGCGUCAAAGACGGUGCGGAUGUCCGUGCUCUUCUGGACGUGAUUGAUCGCCGAAAGCCCGACGUGAUUGGAGUGUCCGGCAUGACACCGGAGACACGUCGCCUCUACAAGAUCCUAACCGAGUUCGUUGACCUCAAGGAUGUGCGUGGUGCCCCCUACACGGAUGAAAACGAUGAAGAGGUCAGUGACCGUCUCGAGACGGUCUUGGUCAAUGAUGAAGUCGCGCGCCUGUAUCACCUCAGCUACCGGGCCAUGAUUGACAAUCCAGGCUUCGGACCCCUGACCCACUACUGCGUGGCGCUCGGUCGCUACCUGCAGAGCCCUUUGAAGGAGUAUGCCAUGUUGGGUCGUGAUGUUCUCUCCAUUCAGUUCAAGCCCGGUCAGCAGCUUUUGCCCCAAGAGUUGCUUAACAAGCAUAUCACCACGGCAUUGGUGGACAUGGUCAAUCUUGUCGGAGUAGACCUGAACGAGGCUGUCAACGACCCUUGGACCGCGAACUUGGUUCCCUACAUCUGUGGUCUGGGUCCGCGAAAGGCCGAGCAUCUUCUCAAGAUCAUCAACAUGAACGGGGGUGUGGUGAACAACCGUCAGGAGCUGUUGGGUUUCAACGUGCAGUACCCUGCCAUGUCCCCUCAAGUGUGGAGCAACUGCGCCAGUUUCCUCUACCUUGAUUUCGAGACAGUGGAUCCCGAUGCGGACCCUCUGGAUAACACGCGUGUGCACCCCGAAGACUACGAUAUUGCCCGCAAAAUGGCGGCCGAUGCCCUGGAGCUGGACGAGGAGGAUAUCAAGGCCGAGACCGAUGAGAAUGGCGCUGGAGCCAUUGUACGCAAGCUGUUCCGGGAUGAGCAACAAGACCGUGUCAACGAUUUGAUCUUGGAGGAGUAUGCGGAGCAGCUGGAGAAGAACCUCAAUCAGCGCAAGCGAGCUACCCUGGAGACCAUCCGGGCCGAACUGCAACAGCCAUAUGAAGAGCUGCGCAAGCAGUUUGUUUUCCUGGGCACGGAUGAUGUCUUCACGAUGCUGACUGGUGAGACCCCCGACUCGCUCAAGACGGGUAUGGUGGUGCCCAUCGCGCUCAAGCGGGUGUUUGACGAUCACAUCGAUGCGAAGUUGGACUGCGGGAUCGAUGCGCUGGUCGCAGAGACGGAACUCGGUCUGCCUUACCACAUCCCCGUCAAAGACGUCUACGCCCCACAUCAGACGGUACCGGCCAAGAUCAUCUUCCUCAACCGCAAGAGCUUCACCUGUAAUGUCUCACUCCGUGAGGAUCAGGUCAGCAACCCGAUUCCCAACACCCCCAAUCAUGGCUUUGGGGACUGGGACGAGGCGCAAGAGCGCAAGGAUCGGGAGUCGAUGCAACAAAAGGAGCAGCAGGGUGGUCAGGCAAUGCGUGUGAUCAAGCAUCCCCUCUUCAAACCCUUCAAUUCGGCCCAGGCCGAAGAGUAUCUGGGCUCUCGAAGCCGCGGUGACGUGGUCAUUCGGCCCUCUUCGCGAGGACCCGAUCACUUGGCCGUGACGUGGAAGGUGGCCCAAGGUGUCUACCAGCAUAUCGAUGUACUGGAGCUCGACAAGGAGAACGAAUUCUCCGUGGGUCGCGUGCUCCGUGUGGGUGGCAAGUACAGCUACAGCGAUCUGGACGAUCUCAUUGUCAACCACGUCAAGGCGAUGGCCAAGAAGGUGGACGAGAUGGUUCUGAAUGAAAAGUACAAGGAGGGCAGCAAAGCUGAAACCGAUCAAUGGUUGGAGACCUACACCAAGGCCAACCCUCGUCGCUCGGCCUAUGCCUUCUGCAUCAACCCCAAAUACCCCGGGUACUUCUUCCUCUGUUUCAAGGCCGGUGAACAUGCCCGUCUUCAGAACUGGCCAGUCAAGGUGAUUCCUCAGGGAUACGAGUUGCAGAAGAACCCGUACCCCGACAUGCAGGCCUUGUGCAAUGGCUUCAAAUUGAUGUUCACCAAUCUGCAAAAACAAGCCGGUCGGAGGUAA